AUGCCAGAAAUAAGUAAGCACAUGUUCGAGAGCGCAUGUCAUGAUCUCCAUUGCAGCACGAUUCUUCAUCCGUGGGACAGAAGUUGCUGGACGUCAUCCAUAGACACGUACAAAGCCUCCUUUAUCGGUAGUGCCAAGUUCUACGCACUUAUACAUUUGGUGCAAAAUCUUGUACGUGGCAAGAAGUUACUGAAGAAGGAUGAACUUAAGAAAGCUGGAGAGUAUUACCUGAGGUCUACGGUUAUGGGUGCCAUGAUCAGUGGUACUUGUGUAUCAAUUGGUUGCUUGCUCAGGCUACUGAUUGGAAGAAAAUUCUCGUACUACACGUACAUUCUUAUCCCUAAUACCAUAAAUGGCCUCUUCAUCCUUCUAGAGCCUCCGUCAAGGAGAGGCCUGAUUAUCAAUCUGUUUAGCAACCUGGUAAUAGAAUAUUGGUUAAAGACUCUUCACCGCGCAGGUCAUAUCAAUGUCACCAAGUCAAAACAAACGCUUCUAUUCAUGGUGGGAAGUGCUCUUCUCUUUUAUGUUAUGAGAUUAGAGGGAGAUAAAAAGAAUAGAACUCCUUUGCUAUGGCUUUUCACACCAGAAAGAGUACGAAGAAAAACGGACGAUUCAAAAAAUAUCUGCCCACACGAGGGCCCGUGCUCCAAAUACAUUUUAAAGGGAUCAGCGAUAUACUUCGCUACCGGCCUGGCCUUUACUCUUGCUAAAACGGUGCUGCCGAGGUUACGAGCUCCAUUAAAGGCUGUAUCAUCGCUUCGGAGCAGACAUUUAGAUAUGGCGUUGUUCUUCGGCAGCUAUAUCGGUAUUUAUAGAGCUGUUGUCUGCUACUUGUGUCGAAAGCGUGGAUAUGACUCGGCGUUAUAUGCGCUACCUGCUGGAUACAUCGCUGGUUUAUCGUUCCUAUUUAAGCCCAAUCUGGGAUUUGCGAUAGCUGCAUUGACGGGAGCUUUCAAGAUUUAUUCCACUACUCUAUACGAGAAAAACAUUCUGUCUGAUAGACUUCACUUGCCAGUCCUCUUGUAUUGCGCAUGUCAAGGUCUUCUAUUUCACACACGUUUUAUGCAUCUGGAUGUGUGUCCGUCUUAUGUAGUCAAUCUUAUUAGGAGUGUGACGAAUGGAAAGUCUGAAGUGAUAUAUAAGAGUAUGUUGGAAUCCCUGAACUUGGUAUCUUUAUGA